CAGCACCCCUGACAUCAGUGCCUCGUCUUGGUCCUGAGGCUCUCAUCAGUCGGCUAGAACGCUGAGUCGCACCGCUCGCGCGGCUUGCUCACGGGGAACGGCACGGGACGGGCCCCUGAGUCUACACGACAGACUCUUUGCCACGACAUCGCGAACGCUUGAACGUCGGCGUCGUCUGACGCCUUGCUGUUGGGAUGGAGACAGGCCUCUUGCCUUCGCAGCUCGAGGGCGUUACCAUCCUCGAACGCGUAUGCUCGGGCUUCUCCCUCUUUGGAUCCAUGGUGGUCAUCGCUACUUUUUGCUUCUCCAAAGCAUUCCACAAGCCCAUCAACAGGCUGGUCUUUUACGCCACGUUCGGAAACCUCAUGACAAAUGUAGCCACGUUAAUGGCACGGUCCUUCAUUGAGGACCAACGCUCGGCAGGGUGCCAAUUCCAAGCCUUCCUCAUCCAGAUGUUCAUGCCUGCCGAUGCCUUCUGGACUCUAGCCAUGGCGGUGAACGUCUACCUCACCUUCUACUUCAAGUUUGAUGCCCAGCGGCUGCGGAGGAUGGAGAUCCCGUACUUCCUGUUGUGCUACGGCAUCCCGUUUGUUGUUGCCCUGGUCUUGAUCUUUGUCUCGACCCCGGAAAAGGGGCGUAUGUACGGAGAUGCGACAUUAUGGUGUUGGAUCGCUCCCGAAUGGGACAUUUUCCGCAUUGCCGUCUUCUACGGUCCUGUCUGGAUUGUGAUCAUCAUCACUUUCUUGAUCUACAUACGCGCCGGCCGGGAAAUCUACAAAAAGCAGAAGCAGCUCCGAGAUUUCAGCCUCAGCACCAGCCGCCACGAGCCCGAAACUCUCCCUCCCAUCGACGACCCAUUCAGCUCUACCAAGGUCACCGAAGUCUAUGUCACCACGGAAGUCAUCGACAAAAACGACACCAUCAACCUGGCGCCUCUAGGCGGCAGCGCGUCCGACGGCCGUAAAUCGCAGCCUUCCGCAUCACCCCAGAAACCAGCCAAAGCAGCUUACUCGGUCACCAUCUCCUCCAACCGUCCGGAGGGAGCGCCCAGUGAGAUGGAAGGGCAGGUUCAAACCACCAUUACCGCCGAUCCGCGGGCAGCUACCGCAGGAGGUACAGGUCUCGGCCGAACCAUCACCAACACCAACACCAGCAAAGUCGUCUCCAGUGGCGGCGGGACACACAGCGGCACGGGCAACGGGAACCACCUGCGCCGACGGGCCGCCUACGAAGCCAACAACGCGACCUGGUCCUAUGCGAAGUGUGCCAUCCUCUUCUUCACCGCCAUGCUGGUAACCUGGCUCCCCUCGAGCGCGAACCGCGUCUAUUCGGUCAUCCAUCCCGGCGGCGCAUCCCUGGCGCUCGAGUACAUGUCGUCUUUUGUGCUUCCCCUGCAGGGUUUCUGGAACGCCAUCAUCUACAUUGUCACCUCCUGGGCGGCGUGCAAGAUUGUGUGGGACGACAUCAAGUCAUGGUGGUCGUGCACCACCAGCUCCAGCCACAGAAGGAGAAGGGCAAACAGCAGAGGCCUCCCGGGCUCGCAUGACCUCAUGCCCGGCGGCGGCGGGAAAGUUGGCCUGCACAUGCACCGCUCGGCCUUCCAGAUGAUGGGCGGCUCCAAGUCGAGCGACUCCAAGGCGUACGAGACCGAGAGCAUGACCGAGCUAGCCGGCAGUCGGCCCGGAUCGAGCGGACACUCUGGAACGUCGACAACGAAGUGAACUACGUCACCUUUCCUUGGGCUACUUGGACAGGCAGUGCUUUUUUCCUUCGCUUUUUCUUCCCUUCCUCUUCGCUUCUAAUAGGCUAUCUUUUGUAAUUCGACCUUUCUUGACGCGUGGCUCAACAUUGCUGGACGCGCUCAUUUCCCCUACCGAUAUUUCCUAUCUCUAGGCGACGAAGGCAAACGGCAAAGGUAACGGCAUAUACCCCCUUUUUUCUUUCUUGAGUACAUAUAAAUCUAUUUCAACAAAAAUGGGAUCGGUUCUAUGUUCUCCU